AGUAAAAAUAAAAUAUAGUAACAACAGUAGUGAGUACAAUGAACUUGAUAUAUAAAAAAUCGAUACCAGACGCCUCUAAAUCAAGUUCUUGUUGUAUCGUCAUAGCUACGGGGUACAAACACCGCAAACUGCCUCCGACACUACUACACCGCAAUACGACAGACUACCACGAAAAGUUGAGGUAAGUGGUGGACAUUACCAUUUCUUUGUAUCACUUGUGUAUUAAAAGAAGGUUAUACUUGUAAAUUCAAAGUAUGAGUGUUAAAAGUUCUAGAAUGUAUACGGCUCCAGUACCAAAAAUGCCGCCCGGGCUCAUCGAACUGAUGGAAGGUCUAGCGAAAGAUGUCCUCAAGUGCAAUCCUCCGGAUGUUUAUUCGUUUUGUGCUGAUCACAUGAUGAAGCUGAUAGAAAUUAGAGACGGUCCCAUUCCGAAACGUGAAAUGACAUUAGAACAAAAAAUAGCUAUUGCUAAUAAAAAAAGAAGGCAAAGAGCGGCACAACGCAGUAAAGAUUAUGAUAAAGAAAUGAAAACACAAUUGGCAAGCCAAAACAAUGAAGGCAAUGUUUCCAUUGAAGCUACUGAUAAAAACAAUUCUGAGACAGGACAAUAUAUAAAAGAUAACAUAGUCAUAAUUCCUGACAAGGAUAUAAUUGGUGAUAUAGAACAUGAAAUUAUUGUAAAUAAAGAAGAAAAUACCUUAACACUUUUAUCUCCUAAAACAACGGAACCAAACACAGACAACAUUCUGAAAUCAAUUAAUUCAAUCGAAACUGACCUAUCGCCUGACCCUUUAUAUGAUUCUAUUCAAGUGAAUGAUGUUAAGGUGCUUUCUCAUAUAAAUGUUAUUGAAAAUAACGAGGAUAUUGAAGUGUUGCAAGACAAAUAUAAUGAAAACGUAAGUAUCACGUUACAUCAAAAUGAUAUCAAUACUGUUGAAAAGCUCGGAGAUUUUCAACCCGAUGAAGAAAUAUGUUUAGAACCUGUUGCCGAAAAUGAAAAUGAUACACAAAAUACUCAAACUACAGUCAAUAUAAUCGAAAACAAAGAUUAUCUUGAAUGUGAAACAUUGAUUGUGAACAAUAAUGAUAAAGAAAAGCCUCAAAUUGAAGCGAAUAUCCAAGAGAAUGUAUGUCAUUUGAACAAAGAAACUAAUGUCUUUGUUGUUGAAAACGAACACGAAGAAAAAAUAAUUGAUGAUCAUACCGACAUGGCAAAACCACUCGAUAUUGAUGUUAAUGAUGCUGAUGAUAGAAACGAUAAAAUUGGAUAUAGUGAAUCAGACCCUCAUACUUGUUCUCCCGAUAAACAAGAUGAUGAAAUUUUUCACAAGGUUGAUGAUAAUGAUAUACCGAACGAUAAUAAAGCUGAAUUUCAAAAUGAUAAAUCUGCUCAUAAGGAUGAUGAUACUGAUAUACUAAACGACAGCAAAAUUGAAUUGCAAAAUCAUAUAAAUAAUACUCCAAUGGAUCUAGAAACUGCUGCAAUAACAAUACAGAAAGUAUUUAGAAACUUUCUUUUUAAAAACAAAACUUUAAGUUCAGAUGAUGUUACUAAUAUUGAUAUUAAUUUAUUAAUUGAAGAUAAAAAUGAGCAGAUUGAAAAUGAUGAUAUAAGUCGUACGAAUAUUAACAAAGAUAGAAGAACUUUGGGUCUAAGUAGAAUGGAUACCGUUUUACAAACAGUAAACGAAGAAAAAUCUUUGUCACAAUCAACUGAUGAUUCAUCGACUCUUUCUAGUGCAGCUACUAUUAUACAAGCACACGUUAGAGGAUUUUUAAUCAGAAAUAAAUAUAACUUGAACAAAAAUUCGUCUACUACUUCAGGAGUUGAUUCUGAUGGAUUGUCAUUAACUUCUAUAGAAGGAGACAAUGAUAACAGAAAAAAUAAAACUGUUUUAAACAUACACAUAGUCCCUGAAAACGGGCAUUUUAUGAGCAGAGAUGAAAGUGUGCUUACUUCUAUAGAUUUAUCGUUGGAUGGUAGCCCGCCCGAUUCGGCUAAUUUGCAUCCCCAAGGUUAUGAAAGAAGCGAAAGAAGAAAACAAUUGAGAAGGGAGGAUGCAAUUCAAUCGAUUUCACCUCCUAGUAAUAAUAGCGGGAAAAGCGAGGACAUAGAUUCUGUUAAGGAAUUAGUCAUAAAUAAAGAAAAUAAUAAACAUGAAUGUAUGCUAGCAGAAAGUGAUUAUACAAUAACAGAUGCUAAAGAGAUAUCUUCAACAGCUGUGUCUGAUCUAAAUGAUGUUAACAUUUUAACAAUGGUCGGUAAUCUCGACACUGCAUUAGAAGUUAAAAGCUUGGGGCCCAUUGACAGUCCAGUAAAACAUGAUAUGACAGAGCGACCACACUCGUUGCCCGAAAUGACUUCAGACGAAAUGGAUGUAAUAACGCCGUUCACUCCUUCGGAAGAUAAGCUUUCAAACGAUGCUAAUUUAAUUCAUUCGAGUGAAUUCCACGAAGUCGUUCUACCAACAAAAGUGGCUCGCAGUGAUACCUCUGUCGUCCGUGAAUUCCAGAACGUGUUGGUGUAUUUUUUACUUUGGAAUAAUGCUUAGAAACAUCAAUCUAAUGCUUCAGUUUAGAUGGUUGUUUUAUUAAAUGGUAUUUUAUUAUUAUACCUUUAUUGAGUAGUA